GUGUGGGCAAGGAGCACAGACUCGAUGCUGUGAUUGUGUGCGUGAUGUGCAACGAGACGCACACGAGUUUGUGCUGUGAUCGUGUGCGUGAUGUGCAGCGAGACGCACACGCGCAAACACGUGCAGCCACCUGGCGCUGCAGUGCGUAGCGUCGAGGGCAACCGGGGGGAGAGAGAGAGAGAGAGAGAGAGAGAGAGAGAGAGAGAGAGAGAGAGGAUAUGCGAGCCAGUAGUGGCAUACUCUGACUCAAGGCGUCGUAUCACUGCAGGUUGCUGUACUGUGUUGGAUAAUUUUGCUUUGGACAGACAGCCGCAGUGGCUGAAUUGACAAGAGAAGACGGUGCAAGGUGUGUGGUGUUUGCACCCAGACAGGCAAGGCAAGCCAGUUCUAUUUUGUGGGGGCUUUUAAUUGCACAUCAUGGCGAACUGGGGACGUAUGCCUAGAGGGAUGCCAGGGCCGCAGGGACCUGGUGGACCGAUCCCUGGACCCAUGGCAAGAGGGGGUGGACCCGGGCCUUUCGGUGGAGGGGGUGGAAUGCGGCCUACUCCUCAUGGCUGGAAUCAGCAGCCUUUCGGUGGCCCUCAACAGGGGCCUCCACCACCAGCAGUAAUGGAGCAUAAGAUUGCUACAAUGCAAUCGGAGAUUCAAAGGCUUCUGACAGAGAAUCAGCGGUUGAUGGCAACUCUGGUUGGUCUGCGGCAGGAGCUCGCAGCAGCUCAGGGGGAUGGGCAACGCAUGCAGCAGGCAUUGGCCCAGCAGGCAGAGAAAGAAGCAACCCUUCGCAACCUAAUGGAGCAGAACAGUCGAAUGCAUGAGGAGCUGCGAGCUGUGGAGCCCUUGAAACAAGAACUUCAUGGUUCCCGUGCAGAGCUGCAAAGUGCUCACUUGCGGAACAAAGAACUGGAGCAGUCAAGAACGACCUUGAAUCAGCAGCUGCAAACAGCGACAUCAGACCUCCAAAAGGCCCGGCAAGAGCUGGAGAGGAUUCCGGCCUUGAGACAGGAGGCACAGCUUGUUCCAAACUUGCGACAGGACAUCCAGCAUCUUCAACAGGAGCUACAGAAGGUCAGGAGUGCUCUAGAGUAUGAACAGAAAGUUAAUGCAGAGCAGAGGUCAAAAAAUCAGGCAUUGGAGACCAAUCUUAUCUCAAUGGCAAGGGAGAAUGAGAAGUGGCGUGCAGAGCGCACAAAUGCUGAAAGGGCAGGAAACUCUGGGUAUGCGCCAGGGGGAGGUGGCUUGCUGUCCAGCCGAUACUCUAGCUCCUCUGCGCAUUAUUCAGGAAUUUCGUCCUCCACGUUAGUGCAGCCACCACCAUAUAUGGAUGGGGGAUAUUUAGGUGUGGGAGCAGGAGGGGGCCCAACCGGGAUCACUGAGAAUGGGGUGGCAAAAUAUGGGGCCCAGCAUCCAGCCCCUCCUGCUGGCCCCACUUCUGCCCCGUGGUCGUCAUAUGGAGGCCCUGCAAAGCGACCUAUGUGAGAGAGAGAGAGAGAGAGAGAGAGAGAGAGAGAGAGAGAGAGAGAGAGAGAGAGAGAGAGAGAGAGAGAGAGAGAGAGAGAGAGAGAUGGUAGUCCUGGGGCUAGUAUGAGGAUGUAGAACGAAGUUACUCCUUACCACAGUGACCGUGCUGUCCCUGACCCCAGUUUCAUAAUUUUUGCAUAUGAGUCAAACAUGAUCAUCGAGUUUUGGUCCCGAGCAGCUCAGAUGUGUACAUACUUUUUCAGAAGGGUCAGAAAAAUUAAUGGGUGAAAUUUUCUGCUCAUCCUGCCAGGGAUGCGUUGAGAAAAUUUUGCACUGAUACUGGAUAAUGGUACGUCAGUGUUUGUGAGAUGCACUCUGUCUUUGUCGAUGUGCGUUUAUCUGUCUGUUGGUCAUAGGGUAAUGGUAAAAUUGGUCAGUCAUUUCAGGUCCUGGAGCAGUGGUCAAGAGUAGCUACUGUCCUCACUAUUUGAUCUGCAGAGUCAUUACAGUCGAUGUCUAGAAGUAGUCCAUCAGGAGGGAUAUCUUUUCUGUCCUCAGACUACAUUUUUGCAACCAUCAGUUCCUUGGCAAGGUUACAUGUUUUCGGCAAACAGGUGUUCAUUUACACAGUCCUUUAAGCGGUGCUAGGGACUUCUGUUUUCACGUUUUUGAAAGGUCACCUGGUCUAUCCCUGGAUUUGACCCGUUUGUACGGUCCUACUCGUCUACAUCAUGUUUUCCAGAGCUGAGGGGUCUGCAGGCGAUGGGGUUUGGUGUUUGAGCAUUUGGGGGGCCAGUAGCACUCAAUUUCUCUUUUGUUGGGGAGAAGAGCUGGUGGUGAUUGGAAGCGACCUCGGGCUGGAGGAAGGAUUGCAAAAGGCAAACAGAAUAAGGGUUAUGUAAGUGGUCAGCAGGUCAGAAACCCACAAAUUCUGUGACUCUAGGUUCAGGCAUAACAUAAGACUCAGUUCCCACGUCAGGUUGCAUGAGGCUGGUGUGAGCAUCGGAGGCUAGGUACAUGCAGUGUUAGAGAAACAGUGAACGUGGUUCCCCUUCCUGUUUUUGCUGGUGAAAACUGUUGCAGCACAGAGGUUAAGUGCUUCUGCUGCUGUCAUUACAUCUUGGAAGUUUGAAUCAUCCGCAAAGUGGGGAUGUUUUACCUGUGAAACAAAAAACAAAGAAAAAGAGAAAAAAAGGAAAAAAGGAGGUUAUAUGUGUGAACUUGUGAAGGUUAGUCUGCCAAGCUCUUUAGGUCCCUCGUAUGGUUCGCCUGAUUAUUAUGCAAUUUGAAGUUUUAACUAAAUCAGUGUUGAGCCUAUGGAAAUGUAUUGUAAUAUGUCUACUGCACGUCGAUAUCUGUGAAACUCUGAGGUGGUAGGAGAGACAUGGCUCUUUGGGGACCUCCUAGUCAGGGAAGUAGCCACAUGUGUAGGGCUCAUGGUGCGUGGUUUGCAUUGCACAUACUUCAGAUUAGUCUCAGGAACUUUUGCAUAUGAGAUUCUCGCAAUCCGGAUGCACGUGCAGACUGUUUCAAGUUAGUCUAAGGGCUGGAAGGUGGGUUGUGCUUCGGGUCUGGGGGAGGUGGCUAAGUGGAGUUUUCUUUUUUAAUUGCAGCGUUCGGCCAGUUAGUUAGAGUUCUGCAGGUAUGUGUGAAACGACAAGCUCAGAAAAAAAAACAAAAAACGAAAAAAGGGAGGUUAUGUGUGAAGGUUAGUUUGCCAUGCUCUUUAGAUCCCUGGUAUGGUUUCCCAAUUGUAGUAUUGUGCAAUUUUAACUAAAUCAGUAUUUAGUCU